AUGAAAUAUCUGAACAUCAAGCAUGGCGAACACUGUUUUGUGUUAUUGCGCCUUAAUUCAGCAAGGUCUCUGCUUCACCGGCUUGAAGGCAAUCACGAGAUCGCUGUCGGCGAGGUCGACAAGCUCGUCAAUCAGCAGCAGCAAGCUCCUCAAAGUCAACGUGACAAUGCCGCCAUGGGCCAUGUGGUGUUGCAGCGGGCUCUCAACUCGAUUCAGGUUGAUGAUCUCAUCCAGGCCGAGCAGAUCCUAGGCCAUUGGCGCCACCUGGGCGACGACGAGCCCUCGCUGAUGGAGCAUGUCGUAUACUUUCGCAGGGACGUGAUGCUUGGUCGAGUUCUGAGAGCCCGGGGGAGGUUCGCAGAAGCACACACCCAUCUGAAGAGGUCUUACGACCUAGCCGCGCAACACCACGGCCUUGAUUUUGACGAGGACCGCCGGGACCUCAUCUCCGAGCUGGCGGAUACGCUACUAGAGCUCGACAAGCCCUACGACGCCGAGGCAUACCUGCGGAUCGAAUUCGCCCGAAGGUCACGGGAUAUGAAUGACCCGGCCAAGUCAGGCAAGUCCCUCUUGGAGGCUUCCAUGGCCGAAGUGCUACUCGCACAGGGACGAACCGAGGAGGCGGAACACGUUUGUUCCCAGGCAGAGGCGCGGUGGGACGAGCUCAUGAGGCUCGGAAAGUUUCGCAUCUGCAUCGUGCGGGCCAAGAUUCAUCACACGAGGUCUGAUUAUGCGACUGCAGUGAGGUACUGGGACAUGGCCUUGCAGCAGGCCUCCAUAUUCCAGGGGGAAACGGGGGCCACGACUCGCAUACUCGUGCUUUCUAGGCAAGUGAGUAGGCAGGCUUCAGGCCUCACUGAUCCCGAGGCCUUUGAGCGGUGUACGGACCUGUCAACUGUGCCGGUGAAGCCUGGCGGAACUCUCUACUGGAUCGCUGGCAUGCGUCACUGGGAGAAUUUUGUGCGCUCGGAGGCCGCUCGGACUCGGGUCUGA